ACCACUUUUUCUAUAAAUUAAUUGGUUUUAAUACCACACAAUCAAUGAAAUGCUCUUCAAAUCUAGGGUAUCAUCCAGGAAGCUGUUGAAAUUUCUCACAAGAUUAUUCUCGGACAAAGGUGGAGGAAGUAAAAAAGAUAUACCAGAAUGUGCAAAGUCGACAAAUUUCGAACCAUAUCAGCUGGAACCUUGUAUGAUAGAUCCGAGCAAACCACAACCAACUGUUGUGAUCAUAGGAGCUGGCAUGGCUGGAUUAUCGGCAGCACAUCGAUUGGUUCAAUGUGGCCUCCGUAAUUUUACGGUUUUAGAGGCCACAGAUAGACCGGGUGGACGGAUUCACUCUUGCUGGUUGGGCGACGUGGUGACGGAAAUGGGUGCGACAUGGAUCGAAGGUGGUAGCGUGGUGAACCCAGUGUUCACUCUGGCGGCACAGGAAGGUCUACUGAAGACACCGCUCUUCAGGCCGGAUCCAAGUCGUGGACUUUUCUGUACAAGCGAUGGUAGAGCCAUUGAUUUCCCAGUCAGCAUCGUAGCGUACUUCCGGCAAAUCGAGCAACAGGCGGCGGCUCUCUUUUCUCUUGGCUGCGGUCGUGCUCAUGGUACGUUGCUGAAUUUUAUGGGCAUCAGAAUUCAACAGGAGCUCCACAAUUUCCCGGAGGAGCAACGGUACAGUUGCCCAGGUCAACUUCAAAGCCAUAUCGGCAGCGAUAUAAAGGGUUUGGGUGACCAGAUGAGCCAAUACUUUACUGGAGCCUACAGUUACAUGGCGAUGGACAGCACCGUUGGUCACCAGUGUGAUCUGGCUAGUCCAUUACCAGACUCUCGCGAAGCGAUACCUCCUAUACUCUUAUUCGCGGGCGAAGCUACUGUACCUGGUCGCUACAGCACAGUGCAUGGUGCAAGGCUCAGCGGUAUUCGUGAAAGAAUAAUUCAAUUAACAAAACGAUACAAUGGUCCUCCCAAAGUGCUCGUUAAAUCGUGAU